CGAGAUUUCGGCAUUCCUGCAUUCAACAUGUCUGCCAUCAAGUCGCUGAAUCCCAAGGCUGAAGUUGCCAGGGCCGCCCAGGCCUUAGCAGUGAACAUUAGUGCAGCUAAAGGGCUUCAGGAUGUGCUUAAAACAAAUCUUGGUCCAAAAGGCACACUCAAAAUGCUGGUGUCUGGGUCAGGUGAUAUCAAACUAACCAAGGAUGGAAAUGUUCUUCUCCAUGAAAUGCAAAUCCAGCACCCUACAGCCUCCUUGAUAGCUCGAGUAGCCACUGCUCAGGAUGACAUCACUGGUGACGGAACAACAUCUAAUGUACUGAUCAUUGGAGAACUAUUGAAACAGGCAGAUCUUUAUGUUUCUGAGGGACUUCACCCAAGGAUAAUUGCAGAGGGUUUUGAGUUAGCAAGGAACAAGGCUCUACAGGUCCUGGAUGAUGUCAAGGUUAAGCGUGAAGUAGAUCGUGAUACCUUGAUCCAGGUGGCAAGAACCUCACUCCGUACCAAGGUGUACAAUGACCUCGCUGACCUUCUCACAGAGCAUGUUGUGGAUGCGGUUUUGGCCAUACAGAAACCCAACCAAGCUAUCGACUUGCACAUGGUUGAGAUUAUGGAGAUGCAACACAAGACUGACAUGGACACUAAUUUGGUGCGAGGUAUUGUAAUGGACCACGGUGCCCGUCAUCCCGACAUGAAGAAGCGCUCAGAGGAUUGUUUCAUACUGACAUGUAACGUGUCACUAGAGUAUGAAAAAACUGAAGUGAACUCAACAUUCUUCUAUAAGACUGCUGAAGAGCGUGAGAAGUUGGUGAAGGCAGAGAGGGAAUUCAUUGAUGAAAGAGUCCGCAAGAUCAUUGCUCUGAAAAAACAAGUCUGUGCAGGAAACAACUGUGGGUUCAUCGUUAUCAACCAGAAGGGUAUUGAUCCUUUGUCUUUGGACAUGAUGGCUAAGGAGGGAAUUGUUGGACUUAGAAGAGCAAAGAGGAGGAAUAUGGAACGACUUUCCCUGGCCUGUGGCGGUAUUGCUAUGAACUCUGUGGAAGACUUGACACCUGAUUGCCUGGGAAGUGCUGGCCUUGUUUACGAACAGGUCUUGGGAGAAGACAAAUACACUUUUGUGGAACAGUGCAAGAACCCAGCUUCAGUGACUUUGGUCCUAAAGGGGCCCAAUAAACACACUCUGACCCAGAUCAAGGAUGCUGUCAGAGACGGGCUACGAGCGGUCAAGAAUGCCAUUGAAGAUGCCUGUGUUAUCCCUGGAGCAGGAGCCUUUGAGAUUGCAGCUUAUCAGGAACUGAUGAAAUACAAGAGUGAAGUGAAGGGACGAGCACGUUUAGGUGUACAAGCAUUUGCCGAUGCCUUGCUGAUCAUUGUGAAGGUUUUAGCUGUAAACUCUGGACUGGACCCUCAGGAAUCUAUUGUCAAGCUUCAGGAGGAGUACACCGACCCCAAUCAGGCUGUCGGACUAGACAUCAAAACAGGUGAAGCCUUGAUACCGAUUGAUUCUGGUAUUGUAGACAACUAUAGGGUGAAGAAACAACUCCUCCAUUCCUGCACUGUGAUAGCAACCAACCUUCUACUGGUGGACGAGAUCAUGAGAGCGGGCAUGACAUCAUUGAAGGGAUCUUAGCACCACUGUUCAUUGUGUCAUGUGUGCCUCCACCUGUGUUUGUCUUGUACGCUUCUUAAUUUAUACAAUCAAGGAUUAAUUGGACGUGUUCUAUAAGGAUUGUCUUCAAAGAUCCUUGUUUGAACUAACCGAAUAGAGACAUUUUAAAAAGCUCUUCUGGAAAAAAAUCCUUAACAAGAAUUUCUGAUGAAAACAAAGAAUGUCGUCAAAGGCCCUUGUCUCGGACUAAAAAUACAAGAAUGUCUACAAUAGUUUUAUAAUAAAUUGUUGAAAAUGUAUCUUCAAACCUUCAGUUUUAGAAUAUAUUUCUUAUAAAGUGCUAAACGUUGAACAAAGCUUUAAUGAAUUUGUAAAAUUGAACAAAUGUAAGAAGCAUUAAUAUUAUUACCUAGCUACUGUCAUGUGUGUUUGUAUUAAAACAUUUGCUUUCAUUGAUAUA